CUCAUACCUAUACCUAGGCUCUCGCAUCUUCUUCCACUAGUCCUUUCCUACGCACCCACCUUAUUCAUUCGUAGCAAAUUUUGUAAAGUAGGCGUCCUCCGAAGCGUUCGCUGUAUUUUGAAUUCCGGUUUGUUCUCUUAACGUUUGUAUUUUUUUGUUUUUCCCUUUUUUCGUUCCAUUGAAUCAGGAAAUCCAACCAUUGUCUAAAUGAUUGAAAUCGUCCAGAAAACGGCCAUACCCAAAAAUGGACUAGGAUCAUUUAUCCGUCCUUGCCAAAGGAUCGAGCUCUCAUAUUGCAAUUGGGGCGGAAGUUCAAAAUCGAUGAAAGAGUUUUUAUCGAAAAAGUUAGCUGCUAUUGCUAAAACUUCUCAGGAUAUCGAAUUUCAUGUCUACAAUCAACAAGGAAAACAUCCUUUAAUACGUGCAUUUUACAAUACUGGACGAGAAAAAACAAUUUGUACUAGAAAGAUGGAUGCCAACCAGAUUACGGAUAAAAUCAUGUUGUGUCGUGAUAGUGAUGGUUUAAAACCAAGAUUCAUCAAACAACCCGUCGAAUCUACGAAUCCAUCUGUGCGUGGUGUUUGGAGUCCUUUUUCUGAAACAGCAGAGUCAUACCGGGUUUAUGGAAAAAAUUGAUGGACAGCUAUCUGAUUCUAGUUCAGCAUAAACAAAACACUUUAAUAUUAUUAAUUAAUCAAUCCUUUACUCUUUUUCUUUCCUUAUCACUCCCAUAAAUAAGUAUUCACCCAAAAAUUUACGAAAUCCGAACGAAAUUAUAUAAUGUACAGUACAAUCCUCGUUUAUUCUUCCUUGUUGACGGCAGGAAUCCGUAAAGGCUGUUUCAUGUUUUUAAGGGAAACAGAACAUGCAUAACAGAUAUCAGGGUUGGCAACGGCAUCUUCUUGUCCUUCGCUAGGAUGUUGCACAGUAGUCUUCUGUAACCAAGCUCCUGCGUUUUCUUGCAUCGGCAACUUACAAAGAGAGCAGGUUUUAUUUGCUUCCGGCACAUUAAGCUUUGAAGACAUUCUUACAACAGUGUUUACUAAACUAGGGAAAGGGUCGUUUAAGUUUUUGAAGUAAUUCUCUGCUACACCAGAGAUUGUAGCAGGGCGUUCUUCCACUACCGUUGACAAUACCUCACGGAGAGGACGCAACAAGGAAACUGGAAAAUCAGGAAGCUUGGAAUAAACGGACGUGCACCAAGGAAUAGCAAAUCCUCUUCCUUCAGCUACAAGCUCCAAGACUCGAGCGGCA